AUGGCAACAAGUGACAGAACAAGUGCUUCUACAAAGCCCCAGUGCAGAGAAGAGGACUGUCAGUGUGCUGCAGGCAAGAAGUGCAUGUUCAGUGAGGAGCUUGGUAGCUGCCACUGCCUUUGCUCAAACAAUACCUAUGGAGAUACCUGCACCUAUGGACAAAACUACACAUCUCCUGAUAUUGAUAGUGGUGCCAUACCCACUCGAAAAGCAAAUAUUACUUUGGACAUCAAGAUCACCUUUCUGGAUGCUUAUCAUGACUUGUCAUCACCAGAAUCAUUAGAUUUCAUCAACAAAUUAAUAAAGGAGCUUGAAGCCCUAUGCAAAGAAGCCGACCCCCAAGCUUUUGAAAAAGUAGAAGUGGUCAAGUUAUCACCAGGAGGUAUUAUUGCAGCAAGGCGAGUGAGAGGGCUCGAUCAGAGCAUCAAACUCCAGUUGGUCAACACGUUAAUAAAGAAGAUGAAAUCUCUGUUGAACAAAGCCGACCCCGGAGUACCGCGUGGUGUGGCCGCCACAAGCCAAGCUGAGUACUCCUAUAAGAACAACCAGACCCAAAUACAGUGGCUCAACAUUCACCUAAAUGGCACCUUGACCCAAAUCCUGAAUGACAACAUCAGUCAGAUAUCUCAGGCCUUUGGUAACACAAGUGUGCAGCUGAAGGAGGUCGUCUCCGGGCCACCUGAGAUCAACAACAUCACGGACAUGCAGCCUUUUGUUAGCUGCUCAGCGUUUUCUAAUUACUCCGCUGAGGUGGUUGAAGGUCAGUGGCAGUGUGUUGGACCGUGCAAGACGUCACCUGACUACUGCAGUUCACACGGGGAAUGUCUUAAUGAUAUUCACAGAGGAGCUGUUUGCAGGUGCUAUGGGUCAAACAUCAGGCAGUACUACGGUCAGCAAUGCCAGCUCGUCCGUUGGGGUCCUGGCUUCUAUGGAGCUUUGUUUGGGUCGCUUGCAGGAGCCCUGCUGCUUGUCCUGAUUGUCCUUCUUGUUGUCUUCCUGGUCAAAAAGAGACAUUCUGGUUCCUGGAAUAAAAGUCAUUUACCCGGAUUCUUAGAUUUUGAAGAAGAUUACUUUGACUUCACAGACACAGGUACUCCACAUCUUACAAGACUUUGGCAAUAUAAAAAAUACCUGGUGGACCAUUCCAAAGAUAAACAGAAAUACAAAGAAAAGCAAUAA